AUGAUCCAAGUCUUGACCGCCACCUCGUCCUUUCUGGCUCUCCUGGCCUUUGUCGCCGUCCAGCUGCCCACAUGGACACUCGCAAUGCAGCCUGCGCAGGCCCAGGACAUCACGCAGAUCGAGCACAUUGUGCUGUUCAUGCAAGAGAACCGAGCCUUCGACCACUACUUCGGGACCGCAGCGGGCGUGCGCGGCUUUGGCGAUCCCAACGUCGUCAUCAGCAGCGACACAAACAAGACGUCCUUCUGGAACCCCGUGUCGGCACCCGCCGCCGGUAGUUCGCCUCCUUCGCCCCCAACCCCGCCUCCCGGAGUGACGCACCUGCUGCCCUGGUACAUCAACCACCAGGGCGGCGACUCCAACGACCGAUGGCAGUGUUCCCUCGCCGGGUCCAACAGCUGGCAGCAGAACCACGCUGCCUUCGACAACGGCAACGUCAACAAAUGGGCCUCCAAGAACACGCCCUUCUCGCUGGCCUACUACAAGCGCCAGGACAUCCCGCUACACUUCGCCGUCGCCGAAGGCUGGACGCUGGCAGAUAACUACCACGAGUCGGUCAUCAGCUCGACCGACCCGAACCGCAUCUCGUGGCUCGCGGGGACGAUCGGCAUCGACCAGGCCAAGCUCAACCUCGGCGGGCCGGCCAUCGACAACAGCGAGACCGCGGGGUGCGAGACGGCCAGCGAUGGCUCGACCUACUCGUGCUACCCGUACAAAUGGAAGACGCUGCCCGAGUACCUCGAGCAAGCCGGCAUCUCGUGGCAGGUGUAUCAGGACACGGACAACUUUGACGACAACCCGCUCGCGUGGUUCCAGCAGUUCCAGCAGGCGCCCACUGCCUCCCCGCUCGCCCAAAAAGGUCUUGCGUUCGUGGGGCUCGACAAGUUCUACUCGGAUGCGCAGCACGGUACGCUGCCGCAGGUGAGCUUCAUCGUCGGGCCGACCGAGCUGAGCGAGCACCCGCCUUACGGCCCGCUCGACGGUGCAUGGCUCCAGAAGAAGGUCGUCGAUGCCGUGACGCGCGGGGCCAAGUAUGCGAGCACCGCGCUCAUCGUUUCGUACGACGAGACGGGCGGGUGGGCGGACCAUGUCAUGGCCCACUUCCCCACACCCACCGAGGCACCCAACGAGUGGAUCGUCGACCCGUACAACAAGUCGCUCGGCCAGCAACCCGUCGGCCCAGGCUUCCGUGUGCCCUUCUAUGUCAUUUCACCCUUCACGCGUAAUGGCGGCGUGUUCUCGGAGCCAGCGGCACACGAAUCCCAGAUCCUCUUCGUCGAACAGUGGGCCCAAGCCAUCGGCAAACCCUUCCGCCAGGAGAGCAUCACCCAGUGGCGCCGCACGCAGCUGUCCGAUCUGACGUCGAUGUUCGACUUCUCGACGCGCGACACGUCGCUGCCCGCACUCCCCGACGUGCGCGCCGCCAGCCAGGACAGCAAGGGCACCUACAACGGCUACGCCACCUGCAAGGCCAAGUACGGCGCGCACCAGCCGCUCGUCCCCUGGGCCCAGGCCGAUGCCGACGCCUGGGUGCUCGAAACCGGUUUCAAGCCCGUCCGCGGCACCCCAAGCGAGGGCCACUUCUACGUGUUUGAGCAGGCCAACCGUGCGCUCAGCUUCGACACACGUUCGGGAACCCUCGCGACCAGUGCUGCGGUGCGCGACCACUCGGCUGCCGACCAGAGGUUCGUCGUCCACGCCGUCAGCCGUGCACUCAGGAACAAGGCAUUCUACCUCUCGCCCGCCGCCGCCGCCGUUGCGGGCCAGUACAUCGGCAGGGACGGACGGCUGACGGGUGAUACGCGCAGGGCGGCCGUGUUCGUGUUCGAUGACGCCAGGGACGGCAAGGGCUACGAGAUUCAUGCUGAUGCGAAGCUGCCUGGCGCGUUCGAGGGCAAGAGCGGAGCCAGGAUCUUUUCAGUGACAUAUUAG